UGCAAUGAUUAGUAGAAAUGGCUCAGUGGUCCCCACCCUUCAAGUGGUGCCAAGGACACAUGCCCGACAUGCCAUGUCUUAGAUAUGCCUCUGCUGUGGGUGACAGUGAAUUUAUAGUGCAACAAAUCUGAACUAUUCUGACAGCACUUGGCUUGUCAGGCAUUGACAGAGAGAAAUAGAUCAUUGAUUACAUACAGGAUUAUGAUUUUUCUUAAGAAGCAAGACCAAAAAUGUUUAAGAGAUUUUAGAGCAUAGGCAAAAGUCUUUUGAAAUAACAUAUCAUGGAAUCAGGCUGGACAGGAGAAAACUGAAGAGAGAAGCCAACUGAGACUGGGACAAAAUAGAGCUGGAGAUAGGACUGGAGAUGUUAAUGAGAUAAUUUUCAUGUUGGAAAGACAUGAACGAACCAGCUAGAAAGGAAGUUUUUGAUUUAUGAAAUAUGUUUCCAAGUUAUCAAAGAUCAUGGCAGACUAAAGCCACAUCUUCACAGCCAAAUACAGACAAGUGUUUUGUGAAGGAGGUAAACUGUACAUAAGCAGCUGCAUGAGAACUUCCUUUGUAGUUUUCCACAGACUCUUCUAUUAAACAGCACUAUCAGAUGUUUGUUUUUAACCUAAAAUCUCGCCUGGAAGUUCUUAUACCAGAUAGCCUGCUGUACAGUUUUAUUAAGUCCACCCUGCCCAAAUUUUACCUUGAUUCAUGUCUGUCAUUCUCCUACAAAAAUUUCAGAUUUAUACUUCAAGUCGACAUUAAGAAGAAAAAGCACCAAAUUACCGAGACUGAGCUGAAGCAAUUCAAGACUUUUCAGGAAAAAAAAAUGCCUAAGAAUAAGCAAAACAAAGGUAUAGUAUCCAGGCAAGAAGCAUCAUGCACAGAAUGGAAUUUUUCCAGAUCUCAAGAGAAGCAAAAAAUACCCAAGACUGACCAGAGCACUGUCAUGUCAAGUGAACAGGAGGUGAUCUAUGUGGAACUGAAAUGUCAUAAAUCUUCUCAUCUCCAACUUAGAGAAAAAAGGAAAGACCCACAAUCUUCAGCAUUGCACGUGAUAACUGGAACUUUAGGAGUCUUGUGUGUUGUCUUGAUGACAACAGUGGGUAUCUUGCUUGCAAACUUAUUUUCUAGCAAAGGAGAGCAAAACAGAAAAACAUCAUUUAUUCCUACCCUGUCUUCAAUGAAUGGUUCCAUUGAUCUUUGUUUAGACCACUGGAUUGGAUUUGAAAAUAGGUGUGUUUAUCUUUUCAAUGGAAACACAACCUGGCCAGAAAGCUACGCUGCCUGUGAAGAACUGAAUUUCCAUCUUCUGAAGAUAGGUACCACAGAAGAGCUGAAAAUCUUGAGAUUGUUUGGAAUAGAAGGGUGGAUAAAUCUCAAACAGAACAAAACUGAUAGGUCCUUAUUAUGGAAAGAUGGCACACGAGUGAACCAAAGCCUAGUAAAAUCUCCUGGAAAGGAAAACCAUACAUGUGCAUACGUAAGAGGAAUGUAUACUUAUUUUGACGACUGUUCAUCUAGGAAAAGUUAUGUCUGUGAACUUUGAAUAUAGCACUAUUUGUUUCACUAGCAUAUAUUCUUAUUCAAUCUAAUAAAAUAUUUACAAAAUAAUUUAUUUAUUGCUUUUCUAUAAUUUUCAUAAAAUGUUGCUAAAUAAUUUUUACUGUCCUUAACUCAGAAUAUUUAGUUUACUUUUGAUGCUUUUAAUUAUUUGCGAAUAAAGAAAAAUUACUACACAUAGAUUUUAUAGAGGUACUUAUCUUCCCCAUCACAGCUCAUCUUCAUAUUAAUUCAUUAAAAAAGUUAGUAAAAAUCUUUUAUGUGCUAUAAGCACUUUGCAAAAUCCUAGUGAUGACAAAUACAAAGAAGGUUUCUAUAUCAGGCAGAGUCUGGCAGGAGAUUGCUCAAAAGUUUCAAUGAAGAGACCCUUUACGGAGUUGAGAACUGGUUUCUGGAACAGACCAGAGAGAUUAAGAAACUCAGAGACUGGCAUCAAUGCAAUGCCAUUACCAUCCUUAGGCAAUGGUAUACUGAAACUUGAUGGUACUGUCUUUAGAGAAUCAAUUUUGCUCAUUUCCUCUCAGUUCAGCAUUUAGCUACCUCAUGUUGAUAACAUGAAAUGGGCCAUGGUGGCGUAUUUGCACUGCGGAAAUCUGCAAAUGUCCUGGCUCCUGCUUUCCAAUUUUUCUAUGCUGCCCAGUUGUGAAAUUCACUAUGUAACCUGGAGAGGGACCCUUGAAAAGCAGAGGAAAAAGAGGGAAGAAUAGAUUCCAGAGGAGUGUUAUAAAUCAAGAAUAACCAGGAGGUUUCACCCUUUUUGCUACUUAGCAUGCAUUUUUUGCCCUUUGCACAGAUAAAAAUUAUUUCUUCUCCAACAUGGAAAAGGCACAAAUAUCCUUUAGCCAGCAUAGAGUUAUGGGCAUUGAUAGUCAAACUCCUGUUUGGAAGUUAUAAUGUAAUGCUGGACAGUACCAGUAUUCCUUUCACAAAGUAGUAGCUAAAGGCCUGUUUAACCACUUACGAGGCCAUAUUUGACAGUCAUAAUUUCCUUCUUACCACCUACUUCAUGUUUCUUUUUCCUGCUCAUCAUUUUUUAUUCGGUGACAUCACCUGAAAUUGUAUUCCCCUAGUAUCCAAAACCCUAUCUUCAUAGUUUUACCAGAGUUACUCAUUGACAUUUAUUUUUGAACAAGCCAGUACUAGAAAGCUCCGGAAAAAAUCACCUAUGCUCCUGACAGUUCUCUUCACUCCCAUUGUACAGGAGCAACCAACAUCCCCAUGAUAAUUGGCAUCAAUAAUUCUAGCCUGUAUAGCAGCUUUUUUUUUGUUUCUUGUUCAGCACUUGAAGAUUUCAAAAGGUUAGGAGAUAUCCAAAGAUGGUUGCUUGCCCACUUGUCUAUUCAGAGUUUCUUCUGCAGUGAAUACACUCUGGUAGGCACUUGGGUGGGACACAAAUAUUUUCACACUCUUUUCAGUGUACUCUAAUUUUUCCGUGUCCCUUAUCAGUCUGCAAGUAAUUAGACACUGGUAUUAAACACAGCGAACACGAAUGGACUGCUUUGAUUUCUGACCACAGGGUUAUUUUUUUUUUCCCCAUCACUUUAUUACUAAGUUGUUUAGAAAUGGAAUUUAAUGUAGUGGCUGUCUGUUUAAAGCCAGUGCCAGAGUAUUGAGCAGGGCUAUCUUUAAAUAGGGACAAUAAUUUUCCUAUUCUCCUCAUUAAUCUUAGGUAAAUGAGCUAAUAUUUUCUCUGAAGAGUCAUGGUCUCUGACACGCUGGGAACAUAACAGAAUCCAGAGUCUCCAUAAAGUAUCUUUCACAACUUCCAAAUUACAAGCAACCAGUUACUAGACAGACUUGUCUAUGAGCCAAGACAUGUGACCAAUACUCAAGACAGAAAAGCAAACCCGAGAUGCACCAAUUUUUCCUCUUAUCAGACAACUUCUUAGCAGAUAUUGUAUUUUCAAGAAUUUAAAAAGAAAACGUGGUUAUAAUGAAUGAAUAAGUGUGAAUCUUAGCAAGGAAAUAAAACUAUGAAAGGAAAACAAAUAGAAAUUACAGAAUUUAAAACACUAAAACUAAAUGAAAAUUUAAAGAAAGGGCAUAAUAAGAAAUUGAAUAUAAUAGAACAAAAAUUAGUGGAUACAAUAUAGGUAGAGUAGAAAAAGUCCAACCUGAAAAACUGUGUAAAAAUAUUUAAUAAACCUUGAUCUGUUUGAUAACAUUAAGUUGUCUAACAUAUUUGUAGUUAAAGUCUCAAUAUAGAUCAUAGACAAUGAGGUAGAAAAAUAUUUGCAAUAAUGUGGCUGAAAAUUUUCCAAACUUUAUAAUAAAAAAUAAACUGUUACAAAAAAUUUCAAGAAGCUCAGCCAACUCAGAGAAAGAUUAAAAAAUAGGAAACCGCAUCUCAAUGGUACAUAUUCAAACUACUGAAAUUUUAGAAAGGAAGAAAACAUUGGAUUCAGCCAGAGAAAAAUGACAUGUUCAGUUCAGUGGAACAAUGAUACAGAUUAUCAUUGAUUUUUCAUCAGAAACAAUGCAGAAGAAAAGAUGUUUCACUAUCUUUAAAGUGUUAAAAAAAAAAAAAAAAAAAAAAACUUGAAACAGUCUAACCUGUUGCCGUGGAGUCAAUUCCUACUCAUAGCAACCCUACAGCAUGGAGUAGAACUGCCCCAUAGGGUCGCCAAGGAGUGCCUGGUGGAUUUGAACUGCUGACCUUUUGGUUAGCGGCCGAACUCUUCACCACUAUCCUUUAAUUAAUGUUCAUUGUUAUUCUUUGAAGCACAAAGGAAGACUAGCAUUUGUUUCUGAAUGUAUACUGAUGCUAUGGAAUCAUCUGCAGGCAGGAAAGCACCGAAAUUUCUUAUGGAUCUUAAAAAGAUUGCAUUUAAUUUACUGGAAAGAAGUAGAAGAAUGCUAGAUGAUCAGGUAUGAAAUAACUUAGAUUUUUAAACCACCUUUUUGAGGUGUACUUUUCUCACAGUGAAAUUCAGAAAUUUUAAGUCUUUUUUUAAUGAGCUUUGAUAAAUGUGUGCAGUCAUGGAACCACAGCAGCAACCUUGGACCUUACCAUCCAUCACCCAACUCUUUGCUUAUGCCCCGUUUCACUAUAUCCCUUACUUCCAUCCCUGGCCACUGGCAACUAUUGAUUUGCUUUCUGUCCCUAUGGUGUUUCCUUUAAUAAAAUUUUAUUUAAAUGAAAUGAGAAUACAUUAUUCUCAUUAUCAAAAAGUAAAAUUUUGUGCCUGGAUUCUUUCGCUUUUCAUGAUACAUUUGAGAUCCAUCCACACACAACAGUAAUUUGUUCCUCUUGUAUUGCCAAAUAGUAUUCUGUUGCAUGAAUCCAUCACUGUAAAAUCAUUCAUUAGUUGAUGGUCAUUUGGACAGUUUAUAGUUUUUGGUGUUAUGAGUGUAUUAGCUUCCUACUGAUGCUGUAACGAAUUACUACAGACUUGGUGGCUUCAAAACAACACACAUCUAUUCUCUUAGAAUUCUGGAGGCUAGAAGCCUGAAAUUAGCUUCAAAGUGUCUAAAUCAAGGUGUCAGCAGGGCCAUAAUCCCUCCAGGGGUUGUAACCAAAAAAAAAAAAAACCAAACCCACUGCCGUCGAGUCGAUUCUGACUCAUAGCGACCCUAGAGGACAAAGUAGAACUGCCCCAUAGAGUUUCCAAGGAGCGCCUGGAGGAUUCCAACUGCCAAGCUUUUGGUUGGCAGCCAUAGCACUUAACUACUAUGCCACCAGGGUUUCCCCAGGGGUUGUAAGGAAGAGUUUAUUAUUAUUAUUUAUUGCCUUUCCCAGAUUCUAGAGUUGCAUUCUCUGCUUUCCUAGGCUCAUGCCCCCUUUUUCCAUCUUCAAAAGUAGCAGUAUAGCAUCUUGCUUUAGUCAUCACAUUGCCUUCUUCAUUUAGGGCCCAACCAGAUAAUCCAGGAAAAUCUUCCCAUCUGAAAAUCCUUAUUUUAAUCACAUUUGCAAAAUUCCUUUUGCCACACAGGGUAACAUUCACCAGGCUCCAGGCCUUAGAUCCUCCAUAUCUUUGGAGGCCUACUACAAUGAGUAAAGCUUGUAUGAAUAUUUGCAUAUAAGCUUUUGUACGUAUAUAGGUUUGAUUUCUCCUUGGUAAAUAUCUAAGAGUGGGAUUAUUGAGCCAAACAGUAAAUAUAUGUUUUAACUUUAUAAAACCCAACUCAUUUCAGUCAAGUUGACUCCUAUUCACUGCGACAGUAUAGGACCGAGUACAACUGCUCCAUAGGGUUUCCAAGGAGCAGCUAGUGGAUUCAAAUUGCCAACCUUUUGGUUACCUGCCAUGCUUUAAUGACUGUGUCACCAGGGCUUUAUAAGAAACUGGCAAAUUUUUUUUUCCAAAGGGGCUAUGCUAUUUUGCAUUUCUACUAGAGUGUGAGUUUCUCAACUAGUCCACAACCUUGCUAUUGAUAUUAUCAAAUUGAUAAAAUAUAGAUAUUCUAGCUAACAUUUAGUGUGUAUACUGGUAUGUAA